AUGGAGCAACAGACUAGAAGUGAAUCACCCCCGACCAGUAAUCAGGAGCAAACGAAAACUUCUUUUUUAAUCGAAGAUAUUUUAUAUCGGGGACAGCAAAGGAGUUUCAAGCAGCCAAUAUCUGAUGCUCGGAGGCAAUUCGAAUAUGAGAGACCGGAGCCGAAACCUUACUUUCCGAUACCCAAUGAAGUCAGGCCACAUGCACCCAGAGAAGGCUCGUAUUUACAGGUGGCAAUGGGUGCAUUGGGUGCCUAUUUACACACUCCUAACACGUAUAAAAGCGUGGAGGCCCCAUAUUUUUUAUCCCAAGGCGUUCCGUACCACGCGUUGUUCACACCGUCGGAGUUGUCAUUAUCUGCUCUGAAGCACUGCCGACGGAGGAAGGCCAGGACUGUCUUCUCCGAUCCUCAGCUGACGGGUCUAGAGAAAAGAUUUGAGUCUCAGCGAUACUUGUCAACUCCGGAGCGCGUAGAGCUUGCGGGGGCGCUGAACUUGUCCGAGACCCAAGUGAAGACCUGGUUCCAGAACCGGCGAAUGAAGCACAAAAAGCAAAUGAGGAAGCAGCAACAACAGAGAGGAACAGCGGUUGAUUUUUCCAAACAACUUCCGCAGCAUUCGGAGUGCAGGAAGACGGACGAGUCCCGAUUAUCAACAACGCAUACUUCAGACUCUGAAACAGAACACAGUGACAGCGAUAUCGAUAUCGUCGGAGAGCCCAAUUAUGCACAACACUAUUCCGCGGACACUUAAAAUUAUUUAUGAAAAAAAAUAGUUCAUG